CUAUCGAUGGCUGCACAAGCUGGACGAUGAGGCGUCUCCACCCACGGACUGGUUGAUUGUGGCCCGACGAUUUUAUCGAGAGGCCAUUGAACUUGGACCGUGCAAUGGCAAGAUGUACAACCAGCUCGCUCUUUUGGCUGGUUGCCGUGGAUUAGAAUCAUUCAAACGAACAGAUCCGGAGCAUGCAGAGUCUGUCCCUGAAGCAAAACUCCAAAGCUCGACAGGUCGCCCUGGCUCAUGCGACGCUCGAGGAUUGCGAGGGAUCGUUUCUUAUACUGCAUGCCAUGCUCUUCGAAAAGAUCAACCUCGACAAUUUUGAAAAGCGACUCAAGAACUUUUCGAAGCAACUCAAGGCUCUCCACACGCAGCGCAAUCGCAGCGAUAUGGUCAAGGACCAGGAGAUGCAGCCAACGCAGCCGACGCAGCCGAAGCGAUGGGACGGAUUUUACUUUAUGCAGGCAGUUAUCAACAUUGCGGCAGUGUACGAGUUCAACUGGAGCGCCUCUGUGAUUGCGAAGUCGAACACUGCCUUUGGAUCCUUGGCGGACCAUCUCGCGACAGUGGCGACACUUCCAUACUCAUCCAAGUUGCUUUUGUCGACUAUGGAGCAGUCCAUGCGGCGAUAUCUGACGAGCGUUGACAAUAUCAACAGCAAGGUGGCGUCCACACCGCUCGAAGAGCAGCAGGGCUGGCUUGUGUAUUGCCAUGUGAUUCUGGUCUGGAUGGCAGGACGACCCUUUGGAUCUGGAAACGAUAUGGUCGUAAACUGGCGGAUGAUGGCAGACCAUAUGACCCUUCCGACAUUCUGGACGACACUGACGACCUUUAUGAACCACCACUGGAAUCGAUUGACGCCCUUUGAGCAGUCGGACAUGCUUUCGGCCAUUUCUGAGGAACUGACUGAUAGUGCAGCAACGGAUUCAAGUCAUGGUCAAGGCCAGGAUCAGGAAAAGUCGUUUUACAGGCUGUCUCUCCCUCCUCUAGGCCAAGAGUGGGAACUGCGAGGUCUUGCGUGGAUGCCUGCUGCUCGAUUCGGGCCGCAGAUGUUCAAAGGACCGCAGCCAGCUUUGGACGAUACGGAGUUGAAGGGUGACAGUCUUUGGAAACAGGAAUCGCUCAAGGCUGAACAUCUCUCGAAGCGUCUUGUGGAGCUGAGUCUUAUUGCUGCCAUGCACAUGAAGAUAAUCGAAUUUGAUUUCUGUGAGAAUGCGUUCAAGAUCUGCGACGAAUAUGCAGGAGAGGUCGAGAACGCAGCAGCAGCCGCCAACCAGCAUCAUUCAGGAUUACCCGCCUUCGCCAGCACUGAGGAGUAUUCGACGGAUGAUAAUUUGAUGCCAUUAUCGCACGCGAGCAUCAGUCAGGAUUCUGGAAUCGAGGACGACGAUGCGGCACUGUUCUCUUCGGAUGGUACGGAUUAUUCGACUGCCGAGAUUAUGGAGCUCAAGUCGAAGCGCGAUCUACUCAAGUCGCUGUUGAGCGACUCGAAUGCGAGUGGGCGGAAGACCGUGUCUUUGGGCUCAUUGCAGCGUGAUUAUCGAGCUAGACCUUCAUCAUCCUUAAGCGGCCAUGGCCGGAAGAACAAGAACAGCGGUGGUGGUGGUCGAGGAUACAUGGAUCGACGCAACUACCAUGGACAAGGAGAGCAGCGAGUGUCGAUUCAACGUGGGGCCAUGGUCGGAGACAACUCGACACUUGUGAUCGACACGAACUGUUUGGUCGCAGAUUGGACGGUGAUCCAGCGCGUGGUUGCGGCAGACAGAUGGACGGUGAUUAUUCCAUUAGCAGUAAUCACAGAAUUGGAUGGACUCAAGAAUAACCCUGCACCGUUGGGACCCUCUGCGGCUGCGGCGCUGAGUUAUCUGGAAGGCUGCCUUGCAAUGCGACCGAAGCUGCGGCGAUUGAAGAUCCAGACGAGCCGGGGGAACUAUAUGAACGAUUUGAGCUUCCGAGUCGAGUCAUUUAAUUAUGAGAAGCAGCAGCAGCAGCAUCAGUCGCAUCACAGGAGGGCUGCCUCUGGAGGCGGCGGUUCAGGGCUAGCAGGAACAGGAGCAGGAUAUGAUGAUCGCGAGGAGGAAAAUUAUGAGAGCGACGAAGAGAUUAUGCGGAAUCACAAUGUGGACGAUUUCAUUCUUGGGUUGUGUCUCUGGCAUCAGGAAAAUGGGUCUGUGUCGUCGUCGUCGUCGUCGUCGCUGUCAUCGCCGAUGAUGGGGUCACCUUCUGCGGGACCGGGGAUCUUCUUGGUGACGGACGAUCGCAACUUGCGAGUGAAGGCCCGAGCGAGGAGUGUCGAGGUGCUGGGAAAGGAUGACCUUGUGUGGAUGACUGGCCAUGGAUCUGCACUGCGAUGAUAUGAAAUCGAGACAAGGACAAGGAACAACAAAGAUGUCUACGCUACAGUCGCCCUCAGAUACCCCUCUCUUUCCUAUUUUUUUUUUUUUGUUUCCCUUCUCCCUCUCUCUUUCCCUCUUUUUUGUCUUCAAUCGUUGAUAUUCCCACAAACCCUGCAGGGUUGUCAAGAGUUCAUAAUAAUAAAGCUAUAUACAAAAAAA